AUGGGAAAGCCUCUGAGCCGUCCUGGGUGUUUCAGGAAGAGCUCCUGUUGCCUGGAAAAACAUGGAGCUGGGGAUGGGGUAGUGGGAGGGCGGGCUGUGACAGUGGAUGGGGGAUAUGGAGAUGGCUACGUACCCCAAAGAUCCAUCUACGAUACCAUGUGCAUCAAUCAGCAGAUUGACAGCCAUCACCAUCACUCUGGAGGAUCCAUAAGGCGAGACGGUGGAAAUGAAGGGAAUUUUAGCUAUUCUGCAAGUGGCUCCCUGAGGGUGAGCAGGUCUCCAGCUGACAUGUUCGAUUCCCAGCCCCGCUCUCUAACUCCCAACCCCUCGUUUGUUCGGCGACUGGAUGAAAGAGCCAUCUAUGAUUCAUUGAAGCUCGGGGGUCAGGAUGUCGAUGGUGGCGGCUGCCAUUCGCCAGGAUGUUUCAACCGAUCAGUUUCUCCCUCCAUGUCAUCUUUUUCAGCACCCGGAGUGUCCUCUUCCUCAUCCAAAAAACACCACCAUCACCCCCACCAUCAACAUGGAGACAGUACAAAGAGUAGAGAUGGCCGACAUUCCUGGAAAGUCUUGACACCUCCAACACACAUAGAGUGUAUGGAGUAUACUACAACUGAGAUGAUUGACAGAGGAGGGGGGUAUCUAAACCCAGGGCAAUACCCUCCCCCUGGGGGCCAGUCCUCUUCUCUUACGUCCCCCCUAAUUUCCCCCUUUUCUGGGUCCCCUCUCUCCUCAGGUUACCAUACUCCGGUUUUCUUCUCCCCUGCCAAACCUCGACCCAGUCAGUCUCAAAGUUUGCGAUGUUCCCCUCCCCAUGUCAUCCAGCCGAGGCAUUACUCGCAAACUCAGAGCCUCAGAAUGUCGCCACCACUCGAGCUGAGACGAUCCCCCUACCGCGCUCCACUGGUCCAACUAUCUGCUCAUGACCUCGAGCAGGACAUGAGGGAUCGAGGAGGAGGGUGGGGCCGGAAUGACCGAGAAAGGGACUGGGAGCGGGAGAGAGAAAGGGAGAUGGAGCGAGGGUGGGCCCAAAGAGAGUGGGAACGAGAGAGGGAAAGGGGGAGACUGGAGAGGGAGAGGGCAAGAGAAAGGGAGAGGAGGGAAACUUCGUCCUUUGGGACCUUCGGUUAUGGUCGACCUGUACCUUUGCGUUCUGACAGAGACUCUGUGUUUUUAGAGCCUGAGCAGGUUUUAGACACAACACCCCUGUUGGUUCCCCAGCCUUCACCUUCACCUUCACCUUCCCCCAAUGCCCCCAGAAUGGGGACUGGUGCUGUGGGCAGGAAUAGAGCUGGGUCCAAGGUUGGAUCUGAAAGUAUAGGUGGGGGUAUGGUUUCAAAGUAUGACAAUGGGAGUGUGGGUUUGGUGUUGAUUGACAGCAAAUCUGGGUAUGGGCCGAGGUUAGUAAAUGAAGUUGGGAACAUGUCGGAGGCGGAAAUAAGGGCUGCAAUAAAAGAACACCAUAGAGCUGAAAGUUGGAACCAGCAUGACCACGGAUCCAGGUCUAGUGUUAAAAAUGGGUCUGAAAAAAGAAUGGGCUCCCAGGUGAAAACAAGACCAGGGGGACGGGAUCUGGAAGGAAAAGUACAGUCUGGGGUAGGGACAGAAAAUAUGGGUCCAACUGUGAACAAGGAGGGACACAAGGGAGGGACAAGGAGUGGAGAAAGAAAUGGAAGGGUUGGGGCUAAACCGGAACCUAUUGCUGAGUCUACACCUUAUGUAACUGACAUUGAUAACAGGAUUGAGCCUCAAAAUAAUUUUGAGCUUGUAGCUGAACCAGGUACAGGGAUGAAGCCAGAGAUCGAGGCAGAGGUUGAGGCUAGAGAUUUUCCAAGGAAGGUGGACAACCCGACUGGUACUGUAGCUGGGGGUGUAGAAACAGUUAAUAAUGAGGUUAUUUCACCAGCAGGGCCCAGAGUAGAAGCUGACGUUAUACCACAAGUAAAGAGUGCGCCAUCUGAGCCUGAGGAUGUACUACAGACUGGGGUUAUUAAGGAAACAGGAAGUAAAAGUAACUCAGAGACUGGGGUUGCAUGUCAAACCCAGAGCAACAAGAAUACAGAUAAAGACCAGAUAAGUGUUGUGACUGGGGAUAAAUCUGAGGCUGCUCCUGUAGAGCAAGUUGAGAAAAAGCCCUUGGACAUUGAUAAAAUUGAAUCAACCCAUGUAGAGAAAGGUUCCAGGUCCCGCAAGUCCAAAUCAUCCAAGUCCACGUCUAGGACUCGACCUGGCACGGCAAUAGGGAUCCGUCCAGGCGUGGUCAGCCCUUGCCUAAGCAGAGGGUUUCCAGACCUUGAGCCAACAAGCCCUGCUGAGGGCAUUGAGUCAACUUGGCCACGCCGAAUUAUUGUCAGAAAGAGGACUGUUCGGCAGGGCGGGGCACUCCACAACCUCCCUAUUCUCCCCCCACUCCCCUCUGUCCUCUCAGCACUGGAGAAAAGGCAUCCUCAUGUUCACCUCCUCCCUCGUCCAGGCCACUUUUCGGAGAACCCACUAACAACACUCAUGAAUGCUACAAGUAUCGUGGGACGAUGCUCACUUAAAGAGCCAUCCCACCAAGAUCCAGGACAGAGUGCCAGUUUGGUGGGCAGAGCUUCCCUGAAAGAGCAGAACUUGGAGCAAUGGAGGGUCUGCAGAGAGCAAGAGGAACCUAAGAGAUCCAGAAGCAAGGAGAAGGGUAAAACUGAUAUAGAGGAGAAGAAGGUAAAAGAAGAGAAGAGAGACAAUGAGAAGGGGGAAGAGAAAGACAGAAAGAAGGAGAAAGUGGCUAAGGAGAAAGAGAGGGUUACUGUCAGUGUUGGGCUAGUAGAGGAAACCAAACGAGAAAAGUCAGAGAGAAGGGUGGAAGAGAAAGCGCCAGAAGAUGGGAACAUAAAGGAACGUGUGAAAAAUGAAAGAGAUAUAGAAAUAAUUUGUGAAAAGAAGGAGGAUAAAGGAAUGAAGACUAAAGAUGGAACACAAGGGCGGCAUGUAAAAGAACAAGUUGGGACAAAAUCAAAGAAAGAAGAAAGUGAGUUGAAGGGAGGAGAAGAAGGAGGCCCUUUAGGAGAGGAAGAAGGUUGGGACACUGUGCUGGAUAUGGUCAACACUUUGUGGGAGGAUGGCUGGGAGAAAGGAGGAGCAGGUGGAGGUGAUGAUACAGAUUCCUUUUCUGGCUCCCUUCCACGUUGGCCUCUUCUUCGACCCCCGAUUGGCUUUGGGGGCUCCCACCCCCCCUCCUCUGCAGCCUCAGAGCUCAGCCUGACGGAGUUGGAGCGCAGAGCCAGGGAGCUGGACUCUGACUUAGAGCACUUAGACCUGUCCCAACCACACAGGGACACCCAGGAUUUAUACCAACCACUGCUGGAGGCACAGAGGGAACGAGCUGACAUGUACCAAACACACCCAGGGCCGCAGAGAGAUAAAGCUUCUGUCUUCCCAGGCACUGGGAGCAGAGCCCAUGUCAGUUUGGAGCUCACUGCUAUGGCCUCACCAGCUACAGACACAGAAAGACCUUCUGACUGGUCAACUAAAACUACUGGGACUUCCACUGCUGGUCCAAGCUCUACUAAGGAGGACAGCUCUCCAGACUCCAACCUGACGCUGGAGUCCGACUCCAGCGGCGUAUUCCUCUCCUUAUCCAAUCAGAGCCAGGAGGAGGCCGGCUCUGACAGCGACCAGCCAAUCAGUGGCUCUGACCUAGGCAGCAGCAGCACGUCACUGGAAAAGGACGGGGAGGACGGAGGGUCGAAGGAAUGGGGGAGGGAAGAGAGUGCAGAGCUACAGUGGUGCUACCCUACACUUCUCAAUACAUCCUUGCAAGAAGACAUAGAUGGAGAUAGGGACCAAGAGGAAGCGGGGCAUGGAAAGAUAGGGACAUAUGAAAGGGGAGGGAAAGAUGACAAUAUAAGAAGGGUUGGUAAGAUAGGCACGGUUUCAAUCAUGAAGACCCCCCUCAACUAUACAGACAACGAGGGCUCCACGACUUUUACUACCCCACAAUGUGAAGAAAUACCGCCCAGGAAAAGAGUGAGCCUCAUGGGAGGUGACAUUCCUCUUCCUCUGUCUCCCUCAAGACAACCAAUCAAAACCUUUCUAGAUCCAAAUCAGAAGCCAAUAAGAAGCUCAGGACUGGACUGUGGUGACAUAGAUCCCUUUGUUCAAUCGGACAGCUUUGUUUACCUCGCUGUGUCUGCAAAACCCGCCUCCCAGGGGGAAGUCACCACAACGACAGAAGUUCCCACCCAUGGUAUAAAACAAGGCAGUGUACAGAAACGGUCAAACAGCGUGAAGACACACUUUGACCAGUCAAAUACAGAAUGGCGGGCCAAGCCAACUUAUCUUGGUCCACAAAAACCAGAGGAAGGAGACUUUCUGUGCACUGACAGCUUUGUGUACCUGGCUGCUCCGGCCUGCCACCUACUGGGCCCUACAGGAACUGCGCCCUACAGUGGCAGGGAGUCCGACUCGGAGAGUUCAGGAUCUGGCCCUGGUGACAUGUCAGUUCUGGGUUGUGGCUCCGUGGCAGGGGACAGUGACUGGGAUUCAGACCUGUCCGACUCCGAUCCCAGUCGCUCCUCCAGGAUCUCUUCUACUGGUAACAAAGCUGCCGGCGCGUCACGAUCAAAGCAGCUGCAUGCUGAACCAGGCUGGGACUUAUUCGGAGAUACCACAGAACCUGAAGUGCUGAGUGAGCUUUUCAUGGAACAGGAUAAAAACAACAAUGGCAAAGCAAGGAAGGUAACCGGGGUAACCAGCAGCCUGGAAGAUACACCAACCAUUCCCAUGGCAACUCAGCGUGUCAACUCGCCAGUGAAGCGGUCGACAACAAUGGAGCAGGCAUCAACGAAGGUGACAUGGCAGUUUAGACCUGCCCAGAGGUCAGUUUGCACAGGAAGUAGAAAGGAGAAAGAGAAGGAAAUGACGUCAUCGUCAUCAGUAAGGUUCACGGAACUGAGAGGAGGCGAGACCCAUCGAGGCUCCCCUUCUUCUUCUUCGUCUUCAUCAUCGUCACCAUCGUCAUCGUCUUCUGGUUGAUUUGUAAAGGAAAUUGAUUUUUUACCACCACUUGGGAGGAGCUUUUUUUUGCUCAGUGUUUUGCAAAAAGGUAGAAAAGAUCUUUAAUUUAUUCAGACAGAUGACAGAAUUUCUGUUUAGAUUUCUUUGCCUGUAUUUUUUUUUUAUUUCGCUUCUAGCUGCUGCCAUUGCCUUCUAAGGACUUACUAAAGGCUGCUUAAAAGACUAGUUAAUUGUUGCAUUUUCUUAUGUUGACAAUCCUUCACAAUAUCAUUAUUAUCUGUUUAAGUUUAAAGUGAUGUGGGAUUCUGAACUUCAGGUUGAGAUAAUGAGGAAAAGUGGCCACUGAUAGAACCCUGAUGUAACUUACGCACAGUGUGAAUUCUAAUGGAUCAAACAUCUCAUUUAAAAAACGGUUGGUUUAGUAGUUACAUGUACACAUUAUUCUCAAUCUAAAUAAGAAAUAUAUAUAGUUCUGUGGGGGUUUAUUCUGCUGAAUGUAUUGUAUAUACAGUAUACACAACUACGAAAAAACACAAUUCACAUAUGAGGCAUUCCCAAUGAUGUUGCUUGGUCGCAAUAACACAAACGCUGACAGCGGGAGAAAUACUUUCUGCCAGACUACACCAUUGUGUUAUCUUUUUUUCAAAGAUCUGACAAUGCAAAUGUCUCUCAGGCCUUACAUCAAAUGAUUUAUUCUUCCCUAUGUAAUGCCUCACUCACUUCUACUUCAUAUUUUAAAAAACAGACUUUUAAAAACUGUCAAAGGUAUGUAUUUUAUAACCGCAUCCAACUUUAACAACAGUGUAUUUAACAGUGUGUUAAUAAUAUAUUUUGAAAGAAAAAUUAUAGAGUGAUCAAAUAUACAUAUAUAUGAUGAAUGUGAAUCAAAUAAUGGAAGGAUUUAGUGAUAACAUUUAAUUUAAAUGUUUUAUUUAUCAAUUAGAUUUAAAGUUGUCAAUGUAAUAUUUGAGCAAUAUGCUUAUAGAUUCAUGCUAUAUUAUAUAUUUCAUAUGUGGAAAGUGUUGCCUGAGUGAUGUACAUAAAAAUGGCUGAGUUUGAUUUAAUUUAUACCGCCAACUACUUAUUAAAAAUGCAGUCUUACACUUAAGUAGAGGUUCUAUGUGGAACAUUCUCAAACAUCAAUUUAACAUCAAGUGUCUUGGUAUAAUUUCCAUAAACAAUGACACCAUGGAAGAGAUGAUUGAUAUUGACCGGUGAUAUUUUUAUUACAAGUGAAUUUAUCCCCCAUAUUCCUCUUUGCUUCUCCCCACACCUCCAAGGCAUCUUUGGCUAUACUAAAUUGGAUAAACAUAAUUUUUCCCCUUUCAUUGCCAUCAAUCAUUUGUCUGUGCUUGUGCUGAAAUGGAAGCAAUCCAGAAGAUUUCCCCACAAAUCGGUGGUGCAAUCACACAACUAAAACUGCGGUGUGGAUACUGAUUACGCUGCCAAUCAUCCAAGCAGUGAUUUUGUGAUUGAGUAAGUUUAUAAAGUCUCAAAAUGAAAGUGGUACUCAUUUGCUUAUGUUGAAGGUUAUUACGUUUCAACCCUAACCCUAUUCCCCUUGUUUUUGUCUCUCGGUGACUAAUGGGGACCAACACAUUUUGAAAUGAUUCCAUCAUCGAGCGAGAGCGCUGUAAUGUAAUUGCUUGGGGUAAUUACGCUCCAUUAUAACGUUCUUUUUACCUUUCGCCCUGAAAAGGUCUGUUUGUUACUGUGUCUAACAUGGUCUUAUUCAAGAGGAAGUGUCCUUCUGAAAUCUUACGACAGAGGUGUCUUUUUUCUUGUAGAAAACAGUAGAAAUGAGUCAUAGAGAGGAGAGCUGGGAGGAGUCAGGGCUGGACGAUACAUUGUAGAGUUGACAAUUGGUGCUUUCAAAAAAUAUGUAACAUGAAGUGAUCAUCUCCAAUGUGGUUUUAACAGGCCAAUGGCCUACGUUUACGUCUACAUAGAAUGGCUGGCGAACACUAACACUGUUGCUGCCAGUGAGUGUUUUCUUUUAUUGCCUUAUGCCGAUUGUUUCCUUGCUCUACGUCUGUCAGACUGAGCGGUGAAGCUUAUUCAUGCAAAGUUUUAGAAUAAGAAUCUUUGGUGUUCAUGGUGAAAAAAGUCAAACAAUAAUAUAGCUACGUCAAAACCAGGAAAAGACUUUACGAUAUGCAAAAAAUCGAAGACGAUAUGUAUUCUUAUUUCAACAUAUCUGCUUUAUAUCGAUAUAUCGCCCGGCAGAGGGGCUAGUUUAGUUGUAUCAAAGACUGUCAAUGUCAUAGCUUAAUAUGUAGCUGAUUUUGACAAUGUGGAUGAGGCAACAUGCACUUGCAAGAUUCAGAACGAGACUUCUUCUUGAGCGAGACUUGGUCAAACACAAAAACAGUCCCGAGAAAAACAUUGUAUUUUUCUGUAAGAUCCUUUUCUCUGUGUUUCUCCGAUGUUGUUGGAUACUUGUUGGGGACAAAAACAAGCACUUUUAUGUGACAUACAUUGAUUGUAUAUGGUGGUGCGUAAUUGCAUAAAAACCUGUUUCACAGCUACUGACUGCAGCACUAAUGCCCAAUACUUAACUGACUAAACUUAGACUUGUUUUUUGAUGAAAAAUACACAAGUUACCCUUAAAAAUGACACGUGUACACCUUUGAAACAGCACAGUGCUAUCAGAUGUAUCAUCAUAUUAUAAAUGCCACUAAGGGAAUGUGGUAGGUAGACAAACUGUCAUCAAUAAUAGUUGUUGUUACAUUGUUAUAUGGUUAUGAAAAACUGUGUGGGAAGUUUUGAGCUGGCACAGAUGGAUUCCUAAGCAGGAAUGGUCGUGCCAUUUAGACAUGCUCAUGAAUUUCAAAUUGCUCAGUGGAGGUUCCGGGUGGAGUAAAUGUGUCUUAAUGUGUGUUUGUGUUGAGAGUGAAUGUAUUCUGGGGAUACUGCAGCCAUAUUUCUUGAUUGUGAUUGAUGGACGGGGGUGGGUUUUUUUGUCUUAUUUGUUGACGCAAAGUAAGAACUGUUGCCUUGUGCAGCUCAAACUGCCAUUAUGAACUUUGAAAUGCUCCGCCAGUCCUUAUUCUUGAUGGUGAUGCUCUGCAAACCAACCAGAUUUGGUGGAGCCCUAAAUGCAUCCGUCUGGUUUAGUGAUGGAUUCAUCAUAUUUAUUAUUUUAUAUCAUCUGGUGCUUUUGAGCAUAGAUUGACAAGCACAUCCAUGGAUGAACAACAUGCUUUUAUUAGCAUGCAUCGUAUUUUUAAAGUUGCAAGAUUGACAGGAUGUCUUAAGAAGUGAAUGUUAACCAGUUCUAAUGACUGACGAAGGUUUAAAAUGACCACAGCCUAUGAUUAACUAUUUUAAAAAGCAUUUAAUUUACAUGUGUAGAUAUUAUUACAACAUCUAAGCACACCUCGAAUCCCUGCGGAAAGUCAGCCUUUUGGCAUGGCCGGAUUACCUUGUUAGAGGGCCUGGGGGCAAAUAUUUGCUAAUGGGCCCCCAAUACAGUAAGCUCCUAAUUCAGGAGAAACAAAGCAGUGCUCCUUUUGCUUUUUCUUUAUUUAUUAAUUUCAUGUGUGCCAGUUUGUGGUAAUUUGAUUAAGAACAUGUAUGCAGAAAUGUGUAAAUUAGCAAAUUGUCAGUGCUUAUGGUACAGAAUAAAUGUUAAAAAUGAUGGUGGAUCACAAAAUAAGUUGAUGAAGCAGGAUCUGCCUGAUUCAAUGUUCUUCUUUUGUGGUGCCAACAAAUCAUUAAUUAAUCAAAUUACCAAAGACUUUUGACAUACAUUGAAUGUGGAACUUUUGGGGCCUGAGGUUAUGUCACUUUUUUUCUAAUCCAGCCUUGCAAUGUAAUAUCUGUAUUGCAAUAUUAAAAUCAAAGAGUGUAUCUUGUAAAAACGAGCCAGAACAAGAAUCUAAUUUCUUGUAUUUUCAUUCUAUAUGAAAGUUUGCAUCGGAAUAUGGCUGUAAAUCAAGUUUAGCAGUACCAGUAUUCCCCUGCAGGCCCUUCAGUUGGGCCCCAGGCAGUUUCUUGGUGGUUCUCUGCCAGCCCCGGCAUCUUGAUGCAGUCUUGUAUGGGGAUCUGCGCUGUUUAUUUGAUGAAGAAAUGGGGCAGGGCAUUUAUAAAAAACUACCUGUACAGGUUAGAUAAUCCACACUGCUUCUAGCGUCUGGCUGAAAAUUCAUUCUGAAAAGGCUGUUUAUAUUAAAUGUAACCUGUGUUCUCUAUUACGCUGACUCUAUGCUGUGUAGCACACCCUGGUUUCUAUUAGAAAAACUGCAUUUUCUAACCCUGCUGCUUUACAUGUCUGAUGGAAGAAAUGUUUGUCCUAGUAACUCAACUUUAAAGCUCACACAUUGGACCAAAUGAGAGGAGGAGCCAGAUAGAUGUAUACAAUUCAAUAACAUAAUCUUUGGUUUUCGCUAGCAUUAAACUGUGGCAAGGCAUCUAGUUUCACUGUGAUAUAUUAAGGGUAAAGUACCAUCACUGACUUUCGUAAAAUUCAGUAUAAUCAGGCCAUACGUGUAAUACUUUGCUGUUCAUGUAAACGCUGAUCACUGUUAAAGCUUAGUGGUGAUGAAUAACUGAAGACUUGAGAGGACUUUUAAGGGGAUGAGGUUGAUUUAUGUGAAAUCUUAUCGUUUGCCAUAUUGCCAAGCCUUGUUGAAAUGCAUUAAUGUACAAAUAAAGAUUAAACUUGAUGGUGGAAUGUGA